AUGCUCGCGCUUCCUCAGGAAGUUUUGGCCAGAGUUUUCGACCAUGUUGACAAGAAGAACCUACCUUCAAUCAGGUUUGUCUGUUCAGACUUUGAAAUGGCCGGCAAUCCUCGUUUCGCCAAAGAAUUUCUAACUCGAAGACGCCAUACAAUGUCCCUCGAAAGCAUCUCAACCAUGCACGAGAUUGUAUCCCAUUCAUACUUUGGUCCCUUCGUGCGC